GAGUCAUAGGAGAGUCGGGUUUUGCUUUUGAUACUAUUUGAUUGUGAAGGUUUAGCCGAUAAGUAAUAGUGAUAUGCAGAACACUAAUGUGACAUGUUAUAAUACGUAGAAUUUUGUGUUUAUGCCGGAAUGGUUCGCCGGUAUCAGUAGGUGAUGAACCAGCUGUACCUAGGUGCAUUUAUUUUUUAAACAAUGUCGGCGUUGUUUCGUAAAGUAUCACAAGUUGCUGUCAUAGGAACAGCUACAAGUAUAGGCUGGCUCCUAGGCUAUAAUAGAUCACAUGAGAAAGGGGGGGCCAACUUCCCAGCCAUUGAGACAGUCUCAGCAGCAAGUUAUCAAGGUAGCAUUGUUAACACACAAGUACCAGAUGUUGUUCCUGUGCCUUCUCCAAAUGCGCCACGAAUAGCACAGAUCAUGCGAUUUGGUUUUCCAAGUUUAUCAAAUGUAAGAUCAUUGAAUGACUAUGUUUUGUCAUACGAUACAAGAAAUCGCAUCCCAUACUGGGUCUGUGAACACCUGACAGCAGAAAAUGUAGCCAAAAAUCCUAAUGUUGACCGAGCCAAGUGUGACUUUCAUGAAGAUACUUCAGUUCAUCAGUACUUCAGAUCAGAAAAUCGUGAUUACAAAGGGAGUGGUUUUGAUCGAGGACAUUUAGCUGCAGCUGGUAACCAUCGCCGAUCUCAGGAGGAUUGCCAUGAAACCUUCCUCCUUUCUAAUAUGUCACCACAGAUGGAUUCUUCAGGUGAUGUGUUAUCCACUAGUGAUAGAACUGAUCUAGGUACCUUCUACCCCCCUGUCCUUACUGAUGUGAGAAAGAUGAAAGCACAGGUAGGAAGAGGAUUUAACCGGGACAAGUGGAAUGAUGUGGAGCAGUAUUGUCGACAGUUGACAAAGAGUUAUGCCAAUGUUUAUGUAUGUACUGGACCUCUGUUCUUGCCAAGACGUGAAGAAGAUGGCAAACUUUAUGUCAAGUAUCAAGUGAUUGGCCAGAAUCAUGUUUCAGUCCCAACCCACUUCUAUAAGGUAGUUGUUUGUGAAAGCAGUACUGGAGAACUGGACCUGGAGAGCUUCCUGUUACCAAACGUGGAGAUUGAUGAUAGUGUACCUAUUGCAUCAUUCCAUGUCCCACUAGAAACUAUUGAAAGAGCAUCAGGCCUCCUUAUUUUUGAUAAACUCAGUCAAAAGAAAUUCAAGAAAAUUAAUGGUCAGAAGGUUGGAUGGUUUUAAGACAAGACGUUGAUAAUGACUCCUUUGGCAGUGUGUAUUUUUUUGUGAAAUUUAUUGAAUGUUAUUUGAUGAUGUAGAAUUCAAAUUGAUGUUAUGAAGAUAUUAUCUAAAGAUGUACAAAAUAUUAGUAAUUUUAAAAAUUUGUUGCUAAAUAAAGUCAAACUUGUUAAUGCUACUUUCCUUACGAAAAAAUGUUCUCAGCGUAAUGACCAGUUUGUUUUAUAUUUAAAAACAAGUGCUACAUAAUCGCCUGUAUAAAAUUCUUUUGAAAUUGUUAAUUAGAUUUUUGAUGGUUUACAGAUCAUUAUUAAUAUUUUAACUGAUGAUAUUAUUGCUAUUAAAGAUAUUAAAUGUAUAAUUAGAAAAAUGGAAGAGAAUUGUCAUUUAAGUUUUUGUCGCAGUUGUUAUAGUCAUGUAUUAUAUAUCCUUUUUUCUGUUCUUCCUUUUACAUAAUAUAAUUUUACCUGCACAUUUGUAAAUAGUGUAAAUAUUGUUACUAUGUUUUCCAGUAAUAAAAAGUGAAUGUUU